UGACGACUUCCGCUGAUAACAAGUCACAGAAUCAUAUGUGUCGUGAUGUGUGAGAAUGAGAACCGUUGUUUCUUCUCGUGAGAAAUAUAAUUGAGAAAUUGUUGUUUUGUCACUGUGUUUUUAAACACAAAAAAGCGUGUAGACUUUCUUAAAAUUGUGAUUUGUGAAUAUUUUUCAAUGAGUGGUGAUCUGGGCCGUUAAAGAGAAAUUGAACAUCUGUAUCUCGUCGAAAUGGCACAAUCAAGUGGUUACCCUAAUAGUGUACCACCUAUACCAGGAAGUAAUAAUUCUGGGGGCCCAAAUUUUAUUCUUAAUGGCCAGCCUCCACAGUGGGGAAAACCACCAAUGACUACAAUGAAACCAUCUAGACAGCCCAAUUAUCAGUCGUAUAUGAAUCAGUCAAACCCUGUGUCUUCUAAUGGUACUCCAUCUCAGCCAAGUCUCAGUAAUCCAGGUAGCCUCUCUUCACAUUCAUCUCGGGAUCCUUCUCCUAUUCCUUCCAAUUGUUCAGAUAGUAUGGCUCGAUCUCAAGACAAUGCACUCAAUCCUUAUCCACCAUCUCUUCAGCAUCAUUCUCCUCAUCAAAGAUUCAAUCCAAGUGUUUCCUCUAGUUCAAUGCCACAGAUGUCUAACAACCAGCAAAUAUUACAGCAAUCAUACCCCCAAAUGAAGCCUAAAAUUAAUCAGUCUGUAGGAGAAAAUAUGAGUGGACCAAUACCUUUGUUACCGAAACAGUACAAAGAUGGACAUGAGAUGACUGGUAUUAAUAGUCAGGGACAAAAAUUGAGCACAGGUUCAACAAUUUCUAGUGCUCAAUUCUCACAUAGUGGGACCAUAUCACCAUCUAGAAGCCUGCAAGGAAAUCAGAAAGCUUUUGGACCAACAAUAAGUCAGAACCAAAGUCAGCCAGUGACCAGAAGCAAUCAAAUAAUUACUAGUAGCAGUACAUCCCAAAAUAUGACCCAAAAUCAGCGACAUACAAAUACUUCUGUGGCCAAUGCCAGUAAUGUCAGUAGCAGUUCAUUUCAGAUGUAUUCACAACCUUUAGUUACAUCACAGCUUACAACAAAUGGACCACAUGGGGGUGUGACAAAUUGUGAUGUGCCAGGUGCUAGACAAACCAAUACAGUAACUGCUUCAAGGACAGAUAGUUCAUUCACAGGAACUCAGCAACGAUUAGGGCAAGAUGGGAAAGUUCAGAGUGGUCAAGAAGCUUAUGGUCAUCAAAAUAAUAUUAGUAAUCAAUAUUCACAGCAUCCAGCAACUUCAGCAGGUGUGACAAGUGGAUCACUUUCUUCAACCGUAGGAAGCAGUGUUCAAGGACAUGCUCAAACUUCUGUGUAUCCAUAUGCAUCAGGGAGUAACCAAAACUCGCAGUCACAGAUAUUACCACCUACUUCCUUAAAUAAAUUAGGUCAAGGAUCAAAUCCAUAUAUUUUCCAAGGAAGUGCUAACAAUUCAGCUGGGCAGUAUCCAGGAAUGCCUUCAUCACAAGUAAAAACGCCUACUAGUGUUCCUGCAUCAUUUGGUCCCACAAAACCUCAUUCUUUGGUGACCGCUAAUGCAUCUCAGAUACCUCCACCUCCUACAAAUGUUUCUGGACAAUAUCCUCCAGUCUCAGGUCAGAAUCCGAGGUAUCCUAAUCCCCCUAACAGCAGUGCUCCUGGUCAGUAUAUUAGUUCUCCUCCCUCAAAUCAAGUUCCAGGGCAACAACCACCUCCAGGGCCUCCUCUUCCAGGACUUCCUUCAGGACCACCUCCUUCUCAAGGUCAGCAAUUUCAGCAAGUAUCUAACCAGGCCCCUCAAUAUCCAUUGGGUGGAGUAUCUUCUGGUUACUCUUCUCAUGGUUUGCCUCCAACACAAACUGCAUAUCAGUCAUCAGUUCCACAAGAUGGACAACAACUUUCUAAGAGAUACCCACAGCCUAUAUAUCCUACUAGUCAGCCUGCUGAUGGCUUGGUUGCACCAAUGGGAAAUUUAUCAGUGACACGCCAAGGUUUCAACAAGUUGUGGGGUCUUGAAUAUUAUGAUUUACUUCAAACUAGAAAUAUUUUACCUCCUGAUCGUGUGGAGGCUCCAAAGGUGAAGUUACAUCAAGAAUUUUUAGAUAAUGUGAAUUGUAGUCCUGACAUAUUUCGUUGCACAUUAACCAAAAUACCUGAAUCUAAUUCACUUCUCCAAAAGUCUCGAUUACCUCUUGGAAUUCUCAUACAUCCUUUUAAGGAUCUUAAUCAUUUACCAGUUAUCCAAUGCAGCACAAUUGUCAGAUGCCGAGUGUGUCGUACUUACAUCCAUCCAUUUGUUUACUUUGUUGAUCACAAGCACUGGAAAUGUAAUCUCUGUUUCCGUGUUAAUGAACUUCCAGAGGAAUUCCAGUAUGAUCCUGUUAGUAAAACUUAUGGAGAUCCUACUCGUCGUCCUGAAGUGAAAUCUUCUACAAUUGAGUUUAUUGCUCCAUCAGAAUACAUGUUAAGACCACCCCAACCAGCUGUAUACUUAUUUGUGUUGGAUGUUUCUCAACUUGCUGUAGAAAGUGGAUAUCUGCAAAUAUUUUGUGAUGUUCUUCUGGAUGAAUUGGAUAGAUUACCAGGAGAUGGACGCACUCAGAUUGGAUUUAUUACAUUUGAUAGCAAUGUUCAUUUCUACAAUCUAGCAGAAGGUCUAAGUCAACCUCAGCAAAUGAUUGUUCUGGACACUGAUGAUGUAUUUUUACCAUGUCCAGACAACCUUUUGGUGAAUUUGGCUGAAAGUCGGGAAUUAGUUCGUGAUCUUCUGCAACAAUUACCACAAAAAUUCCAGUCAUCUUACGAUAACCAUUCUGCAUUAGGUGCUGCCCUUCAAGCAGCUUAUAAAUUGAUGGCACCGACUGGGGGUCGCAUUUCUGUAUUUCAAUCCUCUCUACCAACCACGGGUCCAGGCUCUUUGGUGGCACGUGAAGAUCCAAAUCAGCGUUCUGGAAAGGAUGCUCCACACUUGAAUCCUGCAACAGAUUUCUACAAGUUGCUUGCCUUGGAUUGCUCUGGACAGCAAGUUGCUGUUGAUCUUUUCCUCUUGAAUAGUCAAUAUUGUGAUUUAGCUACAACUAGUGGUGUUUCUCGUUUCUCUGGUGGUUGUAUAUAUCACUUCCCCUUGUUUAAAGCAUCCAAUGUUUUGCAAGCUGAAAGUUUUGAACGUGUUUUACGCCGUUACUUUUCCCGCAAGAUUGGCUUUGAAGCUGUCAUGAGAAUUCGUUGCAGCAGGGGUCUUGCCAUUCACACAUUCCAUGGCAACUUUUUUGUUCGUUCUACUGAUCUUCUCUCUCUUCCCAAUGUAAAUCCUGAUGCUGGAUUUGGUAUGCAAGUUUCAAUUGAAGAAAGCUUGUCAGAAGUACAGAAUGUAUGCUUUCAAGCAGCACUUUUGUAUACUACAAGUAAAGGGGAGAGAAGAAUAAGGGUUCAUACUCUUUGCCUCCCAGUUGCUACAACUCUGCCUGAUAUUCUUAAUGCUGCUGAUCAACAAUGCAUAGUAGGACUUCUGGCAAAAAUGGCUGUGGAUCGCUCUCAUCAGUCAUCUCUCUCAGAUGCCCGUGAUGCCUUUAUAAAUGUUGCAAUUGAUGUCUUAUCUGCCUACCGUGUUGUUCAGCCAUCAGGACCUUCAGGAGCAUUAUUAGCACCUCACAAUCUCAGGCUUCUCCCAUUGUAUAUUUUAGCAUUGCUGAAAUAUGUGGCAUUCCGCACAGGGCAAAGCACACGAUUAGAUGAUCGUUUGUAUGCAAUGUGCCAGAUGAAAACAUUGCCUCUGGCAUUCCUUAUCCAAACUAUUUAUCCAGAUUUAUAUCCUGUACAUUGUUUGGAAGAACAGUUGACUACUUUGGAGGAUGGAACACUAAUUCCACAACCACCUAGAUUACAUCUGACAGCCGAAAAGUUAGAUCAUAGAGGAGCUUUUCUUUUGGAUACUGGUGAUCAUAUGUUAAUGUAUGUGGGUCGCAGUGUCUCUCCAGAAUUCUGUACAGAUGUUUUAGGUGUUGCUGGUUUCAAUAGUAUACCGGAGGAAAUGUAUGAAUUGCCAGUGCUAGAAAGUGUGAAAUCAGAAAAUAUUAGGAAUUUCAUUAACCGUCUUCAGGCUGAAAGACCUCAUUGUGCUACUUUAGAAAUCAUAAGAGAUGACAGCCCUCGCCGUGUGAAAUUUACAGAAAGGUUAAUAGAAGAUAGAACUGAAUCAGCCUUAUCAUAUUAUGAAUUUCUACAACACCUUAAAGCAAAUGUGAAGUGAUGAGUGUUGUGAAUUUAUGAAAAAAUAGUUGUUAUGUUCACAUAUGGAUAGUUUGUAAAAAGUGAAGGGACUAUAGAUUUUAUUAUGAAUGAGCUUUUCAAUCAUAAGCUUCUCUUUUUAAAUAAUUAAACAAACAUUCAGUUGUGACACUGUACAGUCUUAGUCAUGUUAUUUCUGGAAUAUUUGUUGUAUAUAAUAUAUAAAUAUAUAUAUAUAUAAUAUCUACACAUAAAAUAUAAGGCCUAGUGCAGAAUGUUUGAUGAGUAUGGUCUUUUGAAUGCAUGGUUUAUUCUCCUUAACGUAAAGGGGUAAACAGUAAUUGAUCAAUAGCUAUAUGUAUUUACUGUUAUUUUUAUUUUGUUUUGUACACAUUUGUCUAUUUUGGAGUACAUUUUCUUCUGUGGUCCAUGUGUUGUACUUUAUUUAGCAUAGUGAUAAAUCAGGAAUUCAGGUAAUAGUAUUGAAUUCUAUUUUAUAAUGAAUGUAAUCAUUACUAGUAAGAUCACUCCAUCAUGCUGUUAAUGUAUUCGGCAACAUUGAUCACUGUUACAGAUCUUACAUCUCUUUUCAUUGAAUUGUAGCUAAAAGAAAUUGGUUUUAUGCUGUUAUAUUUUAAUACUUCACAGAUUUUGAAGUUCAGUAGUAUUACUGGAUGUAACAUGUUGCAAGAGAAUUUAUAUUUGACUGUUCAUGUGUAUUUCUUUGUUACUCUUGUUUUCUCAUGCUUCCUUCACCAAAAUCUUUGCGUUUAGGGGUUAGAUUGCUUAAUUUUAUUUAUUUAUUUAUUUAUUUUGUUGGCUAAUAAGUUUAUUUUUAUUAGUAUAAUGCUAAUUUGCCAAUAGUUUGAAGAUUGGGGAACUUCAAGGGAUUUUUGAUAACUUACUUUACUUCGGGAUUUAUGGGUUGUCUUGUGCAUAAAAUUUUAUUCUAGCCACUUAUUUUAUGUAUAUACCUAAGAAAGUCCCUUUCAAAGUACAUUUGGCCAUUUGUGAAUUACAACUAUUCACUGAUCUGCUUUUGUGACUGAAUCUAUUUGUGAUCUUUGUAAAUCACUAUAAUUGUAAAGUGUAUAAGGCAUAUGUAUUCUGCUGUUGCCAAAAAAGGGAUGAUAGAAAGGAAAUGAUGUACUGGAAUAAGUAAAAUCAAGUGCAUCUUGACGUAAUUAGUUGUACAUAUUGACUUUUUUCUUUUAGAUAUUUCUUGUAAAAGCUCUUGAUCUUAGUUUUUCAUUUGUAGUCUUUAUAAAAUUAAUUUUUGGAUAGGGAGUUUUAUAACACCCCUUGUUAUGCUGUUUCUACGGCAUCAAAUGUGUGUCUUUACUUCAGUAGAGAACGAUUUACUUAGUUGUGUGCUUGACGUAAUUCAGCUGUUCUGGUUUCAUCCAGUCAGGAGCUUAUAUGUUGCUACAGUGAUGUCACAUUGGGGACGUUCAAGCUCCUGUUUGGCUGAAACUGUGAUCAGCUGAUUUACGUCAAGUGCACUGUUAAAUAAGUAGUAUAAAAUAGAUUUGAAUGUAUAGUUUUAGAUUUGAAUUCAAUAUGUUAUCUCUAUCAAUACUCACUAUUAAUCUGGUAUAUGUGAUAUACAAUGCCUACAUAAAAUUUAAUUUUUGAUAUUUUAUGAUUCUGGGCUGCUAGAUUUUUUGUGUAACAGGAAUUCAUUAGGCAUUCUUGACAUGUAGAAAUAUGAAUCAUGAUGAAAAAGGGUAACAAAGAGAAAGAAAUUGAAAAAUCAUAGCAGAAAUCAAACCAUAGAUUUACUGAUUUUUUUCUAAGAUGUUUUUCUAUGAUUCUUCAAUAGCAGAAUUAAAUCCAGGAGAAAGCUAAGAUAGUUGUCUAUGAGACCUCAUGGCAAAAUAUAAAAGUUGUAUUUUUUGUCUAUGUAUGAGUUACAAAAUAUUUAUAUUACAUGCAUGCAAAAUUACUAAUAACUUGCCAUGUGUUUGUUAGGUGUGUGAUGUGUUGUAAUUUGACCACACUUAUAUGUGCCACUUUAUUGCAGUUCUUCAGUCACCCAACACAAAGAAUUUUUAAAAUUUCUAGUUUAGAGAAUAAAAAUACCAAUAGAUUGGAUAUGUGACGCCAUUUUGUUGAAGCCAUAUUUCUUUUUAAGAUAUUUUUAUACAGUUUUUUUAAAAAAAAAAUAUAUGUAUAUCUAUUAUUGGGUGCAUUUUGUAUAACAUGUCAGAAAGGUUACAUCAUUUUAGUCACCAUGUUGAAUUGUUUUUUCUUGUUUCAUGUAGAAUUAUUAACAGGUAGCAGAUGCAGUAAUGUGAAUUGUGAGUUUUGGUAAAUCUACAAAGAAUUAAAUAAUGAAGUGAAAGGGAGGCAAUAUUUUUUAUUACAAGUAAUUUUAUUUAAAAAACAAUUUUUUAAAAUAUUUGGAUAGCAUUAAUAAUCAGUAUUUUCAUUAGUUGUAAUUCCACAAUUUUACUCUUUGUGUUGCCAGAGUACAUCCAAUUUCAUUUACCUGAAAUGCUCAAUUGUGGAAAAGUUUCAGUGAAUACCCUUCUGAAUUCUUUCAUGAAGUUCAUGACAUAAGUUUUAAUUCUAUUUAAUGUGCAAGUAUGAUGGUUGUGAUCUUCAGUGCUACAUGAAAGUCAACUAUGUGAUUUAUUACUAUUAUAUGUCCUUACUGAGAAAUGGAUUAUUUAUCUUUGAUUUGAAUGUAUUGAUUGUAUAGUGGAUUUGGCCAAUUAUUGUAUGUUUUUCAUAAGCCUUGCUCAUUUUUUUUUAGUUAUUUUUUUUCUCUUGACAAGGCUUCUUAAGUGACUUGAUUUGUUGCUGUCUCUCUUUGGACAAUAUUCAUUUUAUUUUUGUGGUUUCUAGAAGAAAUAUGUUUUAUCUAGUAUAUUGCAAAUAUCCUGAAGACUUUGAUUUCCCUAUUUACACCAUAUGAAUGUACAGAAUGUUAUGGGUAUAAAAAUGUAAUAAAUCGUGUUUCCAACAUAUUUUGGGGAUCUUAAG